AUGGACCAACCGCGCAAACGGCCUCCCAGCCCAGACCUCAUACCCAACCCUCUCAUCAAGAAACGCAACCUCGACUGGUCCCUCGACUCCCCAGCAUCUCAUCGCCCUAUAUCCCCUCCUCCUGUCAGCAAACCAGCAGCAGCUCCCGCCUCAACAACAACAUCAACAACCGCCCAGAUCGAGGCCGGAGCCGUCCAGAUAUCCGACCACCUGGCGCGCUUCUCGUCCUCCCUCUCGUCGCACCUGCGCCCGACAUCGGCUGGCGUCCCUCGGCUGUCCGUCGCCCGCUACGCGCGCCUGUACGAGAGCUGCGCGGGCAGCCCCGGCGGUGCGCAUUUCGUGGUGCAUCAGCACGACCACCCCGUGGCCGGCACCCACUACGACCUCCGCCUCCAGAUCAAUGAGACCAGCAGCGUCAGCUGGGCCGUCAUGUACGGGCUGCCCGGCGAUGCCAACAGCAGCCGCCUGAGCCGCAAUGCCACCGAGACUCGCAUCCACUGUCUUUGGGCAAGUCCGCUGUCUUCAUCCUCGCCAGACACAGGCUCCCUCCUCAUCUGGGACACGGGCACAUACUCCGUCCUCCCGCGCCGCAGCAAGCACGCCCCUCCAGACGACCCAUCCUCACCGCCAGCAGCGGCACCAGCAGCCUCUCCUUCUCCUCCCUCAUCACCGCAGCAGCAUUCCCCUCCUCCUCCCCAGGCGACGGCCCAAUCUCUGCUCCACGCCGCCUUCCAGACCCGCAAGAUCCGGCUGCGUCUCCACGGAGCAAAGCUCCCCGACCCGUACGUCAUCAAUCUCCGCCUGACCAAGUCGGAGGAUGCCGCUGGGCGGUCUAGGGGUCUGAGGGCGCGGGCUAAGUAUGAUGAUGGCCUUGAUCUUAUCGAGGGAGAGAGAAAACAGGAGCCCUCUCCCAAACGACGAGCCAAUCAUGACGCGCCCUCCGUAAGCGAGGAGCAUCUCAAACAACAAGACGCACAAGUCCGUCUCACAAACGCCUACACAGGCGCAUCCAACACCAUCGGCAGCGUAUACCAGCGAAGAUGGUACCUCUCGCUGGACCGCCGCGCAUCCGGCUUCACCGAGAAGCGGCGCCGUGGCGGCCACGCUGAUCCUUUGUCGGGCCCGGAGCCGGGAUUGUGCCGGCUUUCGUACCCGUUUUACGUCCGGGGGCCGCAGUUUGAGCGGAGCGUCGUCACGGGCCGGCUGGCGGAGGAUAUUCUGCGGGACGAGGGCGUGACUGGCUUCGUCCCUAGGAAGGGGUGGACGCCAGUGUUGAAAUGA